AUGGCAGCUAGAAGGAUUGGGAAGUAUGUACCAGAUUGGGUUAAGCUGGCAACAAAAUGCCCCGAGGCAGAAAGACCACAUUACAAUAGAUUGAGGACCAAUUUUGAGAAUAUAAAAACGCAGUAAGUUGUUAUAACAAAUGCAAUAUAUCUCCUGUAACUUUAGUAGCAUGAGGCGCAUUGAACAAGCUUUAAAGAAUUAAGUUGACAUCGGCGGUAGUUAGUUUUAGAAGAAGCAGGAAGACCUACAACUUUUGAUCGUUGUGUUAAUUUUUAUUCUGUAACACUACAUACCGUUGCAAACAGGCCAUUAUGACAUUACCAUGUUCAUGUACAAUUUACAAUAUUGGUAGAUUGACUGAGCCUUGGCAUAUAUGAUAUUCCCUUGAGAUCACAGUGACUUUCUUUCAUUUUGUUUGUUUGGAUCUUAGUUACCCAAUUUUUAUGUGGUGCGUUCCUCUUGAUGGGAAAACAUAAUUAUAUAGUUUCCUCUUUUACUAUGCAUCAUCAUAGAAAUAUUGGGGGGUGGUUGUUAGCUUACAGUGGUAGAAUUCCAAUGCAGACAGCAAUAGACAUUAUUACUGAAAGUUAGCAACCAAAACAGAUGAAUUUCAUCCUAGUUUUUUAAUUUUUGUAAGCUAAUAUUAUUGAAGUGGAGGGAGGACAGUGCUAAAAUGUUGUUAAAAUCCAAAAAAUGUAUCAGAUGUUAUAUAUGAAAGAUUGUUAGAGUUUGUCACAAACCAUUUCGAGAGGAAUUUUUCCAAAAUUGCAAAAAAAAAUAAAAUAAAAUCCAGAGAACACAUUUGUUGAAUCGAGAGAUCUGUUUUGGUUGCUUGAUGUUCCCUUAUGAUCAGUGUAAAACUGAGACCUGAAUUCAAAGGAAGGACCACAGGGUACCAAAAUAGGUGCAAGACAUUGACUAUAGCUGUUUUUAUCUGCCAUGGUCUUUAUUCCAUCACAUGUCAAUUCCCUGAACACAAAAUGCCCUUUAUCACUGACUUCAAACAAAGAAUACAAAGUUCAGAAUGAUGUUACUGUUAUAGAAUGGAGUUUUGAUUUUGGUUGUUGCUGAUUAAAUGUUCUCUCUUUUGACCCCACAGACUGGAUGGAGUUGCACCCAAACCAGAGCCAAUUAACUGGGACCUGUAUGCCAAGAACAUAUCUAAACCAGGAAUGGUUGAAGCUUUCAAGAAGGCUGUAAGUUACAUGUAAAUCAGUGUGCAGAGUUUGAGAUUUUGCUAAGGAUAUAAUCUGGUUCAUCCAAAUUUCCAAGCCCUGGAUAUUAGCCAUCCUCAGGAAUACUUUUCUUCAUCUCUUGCUUGAUUGACUGACUUACUAGGUGGUUAAUUAACUGUUUGUUUUGCAGUAUGGUGCAGUUACUGUACCCUACCCAAUUGAUACACUCACAUCAAAAAUAAAUGAGGCAGAGAAAGAGAUGGUAAGUAGUGAAAAUAUAAACAAAUCUGGAUACUUAGGGUAGGCAAAUUCUAAUGUUUUGUUUUUUUGGUUCUGUGAAUUCUUGCCACUUCUAGUUUUAUGGGAAUUACCAAAUGAUACAGAUUGAAGCCAUGAUGACAGUUUGCUUGAAUAUGAAAAAAAUUAAGUUUUAAUUGGAUGGGACUUCUCUUUGUUCAAAAUCAUAUUUGUGGGCUUGUGGGGGGUGGGGAAUCAAUCUUUGGGCAUAAUGAUUUUGUACUCAAUGUAAGGUCUUUUCAAGGUAAUCAGGGAAGGAGAAAUUGCUUAGGACAUAAUCCUGUUGUGUAGUCUUGCCUUAUUUUGUUUUGUACUGUUUUUGUUUUAUUUUUGUUGUUGUUGUUGUUGAUGUCGUCUAACUGUUUUCCCAUUGUCUGCUCUCAUGAUUAAAAUAAAAGUCCGGUACUAUUACAGUAACUGUAUGUUUAAAGGCUGUUAUCUUUCAUAUAAUUUGAAUAGCAGAGAUAUUUUGUGGCAAGCGAGUGUUAAAUAUUGCAAUGAAAUAUGAAAGUCACUGGAUUGAAUCAGCAAGAACAAGGAGAGCCUGAAGGAAACAAAUCAGUGUAAGGGAAAGGGGUAUGGAAGAAUUGAAAGUCCAUCAUUCUUGCUGAAACCUUCAUCAAACAUUUUUCAAAAAGUCCAGCCUUUCCUUAGUCAUAGAAAUCGAAUAUAGUGGCUUCAAUUGGAAUAUUUAGUCAUCACUUUCUCAACAAUGUUUGUGCUAAGAAAGUUGUCAUCAUUAAUAUUAUUUUUAUUAUUUACAUCAUUACCAAUUUUUAUAAAGUUUGUUUCAUAGUUUACUCAGUUUCCUGUACUAUUCAUUUGACAGGAAACGUUGGCUAAGGAAUCUAUAGAGGAAGCAAAUGAAGCUAUUGCUCUGUGUGAAGCUGAGGUAUCUCAGCAAGUAUUUUAAUAUACUCUUUGUCUGUUACCAGAAAGAACAAUUGUCAAUUAACAUAAGAUAUAAAUUUCCUAACAAUCUCCAAAAAGUGGUAUUUUAGUAGUGCUGCAGUGGAAAAGGAGGGAAAUCAUGUUACAUUUUAAGUAAAAAACCAAACAAAUAUUUCCCCCCAAACUAAAAUUCAAGCAUAUGAGUCUCAAGGACAAUGGAAAUUUAAUUCAAGUAGGUAUACUUUACAUAGUAAUGUAGGCCCUCCUUCAAGAUAGGUUUCAUGAUGACUUCAACAUAUUUUUUUAUUCUAAUCUUCAGCUUGCAAAAAUCAGGAGCAUGAAACCCUAUGAGGAGAUGUCUGUAAGUACAGUAAUUGUAAAUCACCAGGGUUUUCUUCUCUCAGCUGUAAACAAUUUGUUACAUUAAAUUUUAGUUCACAGUUGAAAGAAUUCCAGAUAGGGGUGAUAAACUAAGUAGAAUAGAGUUACGCUCUGUUUCAGCAGCUUUCUCAGAUCCAGAUUUUGGGAAGAAAGUGAGCUCAUUUUAUAGCCCUGUAUAUUGCGCCUUGUCAUAUUAUGUAAAUUGAAGUGUUUUUCAAGGAUCUCCAGCCUUGAGAAAAAAGCUGUAACUGCACAUGUGUAUAAUUAUGAUAAUUGUUUAUGUGUGUUUGAUAUUGCCAGUCAUCUGCUGACAUGUAACUGGCCUUUCAUGCCUCUAUGUUAGGUUCAUGAAUUCCACUCGAUAUCUCACUUAUUCACUUCACUCACUAGUGAAAUAUCAAGCUGAACACUCAAAGAAAAUUUCCAUAUUUAUGGACACCCAUGUAUUAUCUUCUAUUCACCUAAUAUGAAAAAACUUACAAUAAUAUUUCAUUUCCACAUUUUGGAGGGGAAGAGGCAUAAUUUUUUAUUUUACAACAUUGUUGAUACUAAGCAUGCUAACUAUAUCUAUAUUUAUUGUAAAUAUAUUAUCAUUAUCACUAUCAGUUAUUAUUAUUAUUAUUAUUAUUAUUAUUAUUGUUAUUUUUCUUUGUUUUUGCUCAUAGAUUGAUGAGUUUUUAGAUCUCCAUCCAGAGGUCAAGAAAUUUGUAGAUGAAAAAAUGCAAAGUGGUGAAUGGCCGGACAGGACUCUGUGAUGGUUGGCUUGAAUUGGGUGUUCAUGAUUUCUGACUCUUGCCAUUUACAACUGUUAUUGUUCAAAAGGGAAUGUGAACUGAGUUUGUAUUUUUGUUAUUGAUCGCAAGUAAAGCUGGUGUGGUAAUUUACAUAUGGUUUGUUCCUAGAUGUAUUCCAGUUGGCACGUUCAGUAGCGGUUGAAUCUGAUAAUCUGACGAUCUGAAUCUUGAGACAAUUAUAGAAUCUCUAUCUAUUUAUAAAGUGCAGUACACUCUCGAUCACUCAAACUGUUGCAAAUUUAAACCUCAGCUCACUCCAGCCAAAAUCGGUUUGGUGUGGAGUUCUCUCAUAUAUUUCCAUAACUGUAUCCUCUUUAACUCGAACCCUCAAUGACUUGAACUCCCAUUAACUCAAACCCGUUUCAUAUCCCUCCAGGACAUUUUUCGGCAUGAAUUUACUCUCUUAACUCGAACCAUGUUUGUCAUAAGCGGACAAGUCAAAACAAGCAGUGCUGCAGUCCAAAAUAUUGAAUGACUUUGAGGUAGCAGAGUCUUUGUCUGAUCU